AUGGAGGCCAUUGGUUUGGUUGCUGGUUCUCAGAACAGCAAUGAAUUCGUCAUAAUCCGUCGUAACAGUGAAUCAACAGCGAGGCCAUUGCAGCUGAUGGGAAGACCAAUAUGCCAUAUUUGCGGAGACGAUGUGGGGGUAACAGUUGAUGAAGAACCGUUCGUGGCCUGCAACGAGUGUGCAUUUCCUAUCUGCAAAACUUGCUAUGAAUACGAGCGUAGGGAAGGGAGUCAAGUUUGCCCUCAGUGCAAGACUAGAUUUAAACGUCUUAAGGGGUGUGCCCGAGUCGAUGGAGAUGAAGAAGAGGAUGACAUUGAUGACUUGGAGAACGAGUUCAACUUCGACGGGAAGAACAGAGAUAAUAUGCAUCAGGAUCUUGAAAUGGACACCAUGCUUCUUCAUAGUCAAGUUCCUCUCUUAACUAAUGGCCAAAUGGUUGAUGACAGUUCUCUCGAACAACAUGCCUUGGUGCCUUCGUUCUCGGAGGUUAGCAGUGAUGGUGGCAAGAGGAUCCACCCGAUUCCCCUUCCAAAUCCUAGCGUCCCAGAGAAACCAAGGCCAAUGGAUCCUUCCAAGGACUUGGCUGCUUAUGGUUAUGGAAGCAUUGCUUGGAAGGAAAGGAUGGGAAAAUGGAAACAAAACCAAGGAAAAGUUCUACAGAUUUUGAAAAACGAAAAUACGAGCAAAGACACAGAAAAUGAUAGCGAUGACCAAGUUCUACCACUAAUGGAUGAGGGGAGGCAACCGUUGUCUAGAAAGAUGCCAGUUCCAUCAAACCAAAUCAACCCAUACCGAAUAAUCAUAAUUAUCCGACUUGUGGUUCUUGGGUUCUUCUUCCAUUAUCGUAUCACGCACCCUGUACAUAACGCAUAUGCAUUGUGGCUUGUAUCUGUAAUCUGUGAGAUUUGGUUUGCACUUUCAUGGAUUCUUGAUCAAUUCCCCAAGUGGCUUCCUAUUGAUAGGAAAACUUACCUCGAUAGAUUGUCACUAAGGUACGAGAAGAAAGGCCGGCCUUCUCAACUUUCUGCAGUUGAUAUAUUCGUUACCACAGUUGAUCCAACAAAAGAACCGCCGCUGGUGACUGCAAACACUGUUCUAUCAAUUCUAGCAGUGGAUUAUCCCGUUGAUAAGGUCACAUGUUACGUUUCCGAUGAUGGCGCUGCUAUGCUAACGUUCGAGGCACUGUCAGAAGCAUCGGAGUUUGCUAGGACGUGGGUGCCUUUCUGCAAGAAGUUUGACAUUGAGCCACGAGCACCUGAGUGGUAUUUUGCUCAAAAGAUUGAUUACCUAACAGAUAAGGUGAUGCCUUCAUUUGUGAAGGAACGAAGAGCGAUGAAGAGAGAAUAUGAGGAGUUCAAAGUUCGUAUUAAUGCGUUGGUUGCCGCGGCUCAAAAAGUCCCGGAAGAAGGUUGGACAAUGCAGGAUGGGACUCCGUGGCCUGGGAAUAACGUGCGCGAUCAUCCCGGGAUGAUUCAGGUUUUUCUCGGAGGAAGUGGAGGACAUGACACAGAUGGAAAUAAAUUACCAAGACUUGUUUAUGUUUCUAGAGAAAAGAGACCUGGAUUUAAUCAUCACAAGAAGGCUGGGGCAAUGAAUGCUUUGGUUAGAGUCUCUGGUGUGCUCACAAAUGCACCUUAUGUAUUGAAUUUGGACUGUGAUCACUACAUCAAUAACAGUAAGGCACUCAGGGAGGCAAUGUGUUUCUUGAUGGAUUCAUUGAUUGGAAAAAUGGUAUGUUAUGUCCAAUUCCCUCAAAGGUUUGACGGAAUCGACAGGAGUGAUCGAUACGCCAAUCGUAACGCUGUAUUUUUCGAUAUCAACAUGAAAGGUUUGGAUGGCAUUCAAGGACCUAUAUAUGUUGGGACUGGAUGUGUGUUCAGAAGGAUUGCACUCUAUGGCUACGAUGCUCCGAAAAAGAAGAAGCUCCCGAUGAGGACCUGCAAUUGUUUGCCUGAGUGGUGCUAUUGUGGAUGUUGUUGUUCCAAAAGGAGAAAGAAGAAAACCAAAAGUGCUAGUGCUGAGCUAAACAAGAGAAAUUCAAGGAAAGAAGAUGGUGCAGGCUCUAUGGAGAUUGUCAAAGUGGGUAAUGAAGGAACUGAAGGGGAAUGUUUGAAGGUGGUAUCGGACCAUAAACUAGAAAAGAAGUUUGGGCAAUCCCCUGUAUUUAUUUCAUCAACUUUGGUAGAGGAAGGUGGAAAACUAAAAAGUGCUAGCGCUGCAUCUUUGUUAACAGAAGCCAUCCAUGUGAUUAGCUGUGGCUAUGAAAAUAAAACAGAGUGGGGAAAAGAGGUUGGGUGGAUUUACGGCUCAGUUACAGAGGACAUAUUGACCGGUUUUAAGAUGCAUUGCCAUGGAUGGCGCUCCAUAUAUUGUGUUCCUGAUAGGCCUGCGUUCAAAGGAUCUGCCCCGAUAAAUCUUUCCGAUCGCUUGCACCAGGUCCUUCGAUGGGCUCUUGGGUCCAUUGAAAUAUUUUUCAGCAAGCAUUGUCCUUUGUGGUAUAGUUAUGGAGGUGGCUUGAAAUGGUUAGAACGUUUGUCUUACAUAAAUGCUACCAUCUAUCCGUGGACAUCAAUUCCUCUGGUAGCCUAUUGUACUCUGCCUGCUGUCUGCUUGCUAACUGGAAAAUUCAUCAUUCCAGAGUUGAGCAACGCCGCCGGCCUUUGGUUUAUUUCACUCUUCAUUUGUAUCUUCGGCACAAGUAUGCUAGAAAUGAAAUGGAGCGGAGUUGGCAUUGACGACUGGUGGAGAAACGAGCAAUUCUGGGUGAUCGGAGGUGUGUCAGCCCAUCUCUUCGCCGUGUUUCAGGGGCUUCUGAAGGUUCUAGCCGGUGUCAAUACAAACUUUACAGUGACAUCAAAAUCAACAGACGACGACGGAGAAUUCUCCGCACUCUAUGAAUUGAAAUGGACUUCCUUGCUCAUUCCACCAACAACACUGCUUAUAGUAAACCUCAUAGGAGUAGUUGCUGGCAUCUCAGAGGCAAUAAACAAUGGGUAUCAGUCAUGGGGGCCUCUGUUUGGUAAACUCUUCUUUGCAUUUUGGGUAAUGGUUCACCUUUAUCCUUUCUUGAAAGGUUUGAUGGGUAGACAGAAUAGAACUCCCACUAUCAUUAUAGUUUGGUCCAUGUUGCUUGCUUCAAUCUUCUCCCUUUUGUGGGUUAGAAUUGAUCCAUUCUUGGCCAAGUCGGAUGCCCCCAUUUUGGAUGAAUGUGGAGUGGAUUGUACUUGA